CAAAAAAAAGGCUGAGGCUCGGAUUGAGCUAAAAGAUAGUAAGACAGGAAAGUCUAUCUGAAAUAUGUGGGCCCAUAUAGGAUUUAUAUUGUUACUAUGUUGGCAGACCACGUGGACCCAAAUCAAUGAACUAACGCCAAUCACCAUGAUGCCACAAGUUACAUCACUGAACGUCCAGUGUGAGAAGACUGGAAUGAUGGUCUUUGUCGAGUUUGAUAGACCUUUCAAUGGGAUUGUUUACUCUAAAGGACACUACAGCAGCCCUGGCUGCCGGUACAUAGAAGUCGACUCUGGAUUAUCUGAAUACACGUUUUUCAUUCCCAAGGAAGAUUGUGGGACAGUGACAUUCCCGGACCCUAAUGAUCCGAAAAGUGUUCUUAAUUUUGAGAAUAUAAUAAUUUUUCAAAUGGAUCCAAUCUUCCAGGAAGCCUGGGACUUAGCAAGAAGACUUUCUUGUCAGUGGGUUGAUGUGUUCAGGAAGCGUAUUGAGUUUCAGCCCUUUGUUGUGGAUAUGUUGAACGUUGUAACGGUUCCUUUUCAAGGUGACAAAAUUGAGUGUUGGAUGGAGCUGCAAAUAGGCACUUUUCCGAAAACACAACCAAUAAAUGGAAUCGUAAAAAUUGGUCAAGAAAUGUCUAUUAUAGUUUAUAUAGGGGGCAGCACUGAUGAUUUUGAUGUCCGUGUAAGAGACUGUUAUGCAUUUGAUAGGCAAAACUACAAUAGCAGUGGUACCCAAAAACUUCAACUCACAGAUCUAGAAGGAUGUCCUGUCCGACCAAAAUUAAUUGAUUACUGGAAACGUACAUUCCAAACUGGGGAUACUGGAGCAAGUAUUAUAGCUUUUACGUCUUUAAAUGCUUUCAAGUUCCCUGAAGGUAUGGAUGUUUACAUAACUUGCAAUAUUGAUGUUUGUAAACAAUAUUGUGAAGACCGUUGUCCUGGAGAACCAACAAAUCCUGUAACCGUCACUGUAAUCCCACCAACUUCACCUGCAACAAGACCACCAACUACUUUUCCUCCCAUUACCAUACCACCAAUUACUCGUCCACCCAUUACAAGACCGCCAAUUACUCGUCCCCCAAUCACCAGACCACCAAUUACUCGUCCACCCAUUACGAGACCGCCUAUUACUCGUCCUCCUAUCACCAGACCACCAAUAACUCGUCCACCCAUUACGAGACCGCCAAUUACUCGUCCCCCAAUCACAAGACCACCAAUUACUCGUCCACCCAUUACGAGACCGCCUAUUACUCAUCCUCCUAUCACCAGACCACCAAUAACUCGUCCACCCAUUACGAGACCGCCUAUUACUCAUCCUCCUAUCACCAGACCACCAAUAACUCGUCCACCCAUUACUCGUCCCCCAAUCACCAGACCACCAAUAACUCGUCCACCCAUUACGAGACCGCCUAUUACCCAUCCUCCCAUCACCAGACCACCAAUAACUCGUCCACCCAUUACGAGACCCCCAAUCACCAGACCACCAAUUACUCGUCCACCCAUUACAAGACCACCAAUUACUCGUCCACCCAUUACAAGACCGCCAAUUACUCGUCCACCCAUUACAAGACCGCCAAUUACUCGCCCACCAAUUACAAAACCGCCAAUAACUCGUCCUCCAAUCACAAGACCGCCAACUAAAACGAGCUGGGAAGGUAAUGCUCCUCCUGAUCACCCAUUUCAUGAUUUCCAUUACCAACCAGUACUACCAAGACGGUUUCCUAGGCAUGUUACUAGCAUUGCAGACAUACUCCACCAGAGAACAUUAAAUACCGAUAAAACUCGUUCAAUUGCUCUUAAGACAAAAAGUUAUCGUGUGGUGAAAGAAAAUUUCUUGGAUUCGGGUGUGGAAAGACAACGACAUCCUAAGUAAAGAGAUGGCCAUGGACGAUAGAAGUGUAUAAGAAAACUAACUCAUGCUAAUACAAAAAUGGCUUAAAAUCCAAGGGUUCCAAUAUCGUC